AGGUGUGAUUGUCAGGGAGUUUACCUGUGUAAGUGACGAGAGUGCAUGGACUGUAAGUUGGAAGAGAGUGCCUGGAGAGCAGAGUCACUGGUGCUGCAGGGACAAGAAGGUUUCCCGGAGGAUGGAGGUGAAGAUGGACUCUCUGAGAUCCUCCAGCUUCUGCAGGUGGAUGUGGAAUAUGAACACCAAGAGGAAGAAGCCUGCCCUGCAAACAGUGCGACGUGGGGCUCGAAAAAUGUGCAGAGAAAACAGAGACACUGGGAAAGGAUAGUCUCCUCAAAGAAGAGCAAAAGGAAGCAGGAAAAAGAAAGAAGAAAAGCCAAGCAUGCAGAACACCCAGGCACCUGCCCCCAGCACAGCAAACGUUUUUUGAAAGCCUUAACCAAAGAGAAACUUUUGGAAGCCAAACACUCAGGACCAAGACUAUGUGUUGACUUAAGCAUGACCCACCACAUGUCCAAGAAGGAAUUGAGUAGGUUGGCGGGACAGAUUCGAAGGAUGUAUGGUUCUAACAAAAAAGCCAGCAGGCCCUUUUGGAUCUGCCUCACUGGAUUCUCAACUGACAGUCCUCUCUAUGAAGAGUGUUUGAGGAUGAAUGAUGGAUUUUCUGCAUACUUGCUUGAUGUAACAGAAGAAGACUGCUUUAGUUUAUUUCCUCUGGAAACCCUUGUAUACCUGACUCCCGACUCAGAACAGGCCCUUGAAGACAUUGAUCAAAACACGGUUUACAUCAUUGGUGGACUUGUAGAUGAAAGCAUUCAGAAGAAGGUGACAUUUCAAAAAGCUCGAGAAUACUCUGUGAAGACAGCCCGUUUGCCAAUCCAGGAAUACAUGGUCAGGCGCCAGAAUGAGAAAAACUACCAUUCAAAAAUACUGGCCAUCAAUCAAGUGUUUGAUAUCCUGUCCACUUACUUUGAGACUCACAACUGGCCUGAAGCAUUGAAGAAAGGAGUUUCUCCAGGAAAAGGCUACAUUCUUCGGAAUUCAAUGGAAUGAUGGGCAGCCUUCAGCUGUAGUGAGUGAAACACCAGAGGUGUCUUGACCAAUGGACAAGGCAAAGGGUGGCAGUGACACACACUUGCCUUUACUUAUCAUGGAUCUUUGAAAGCAAUUAUUGUCAAGGACCAUAUUUUAUGCUUUGUGUCACCUACAUGCCUGGCUCACUGGAAAUGUUCUGAUAAAACAAUAUUAUGGUUUUAAAAAGUUUAUGUGUUAAGGAAUUGUCCAAAUACAGAGCAUUUUGGAUGUUAAUUUAUGUUUUGUACAUUAGUCUCUAUUUGUGAAAGGUCUGUUUUAGAGAUGUUUGUCAGUUUUUCAUUGAACUUGCAUGAAAGUACUUUUCAACACCUGUAAGUGUGCUGAUUCUUCACCAGCUCGGGCACACGCUGCACAUAAGCUUUGCUGUCCUCUCUUAGCCCAGCCUGGCCUGGCCUACUAAAGCCUUUAGAGCACUUUGUUCUCUCCUGUGCUCUCACUCUUUCUCAUUCUGAUUAUGGUCAUGGAGGGCUCCUCUCUUCUGUCUGUACAAAUAGCUUUGUGUAGCCUUCUGGGCCUUAUACAAACCAAGUGCUGUGCACACGUACACCCCCCCCCCCCCAGACCUAAUUUAAAAAGCCCACGUCGUUACUAACAAAUACAGGAUAAAGAUGCUGCAUUCUGACACACAAGCACACGUUACAAGACAGAAGUCUCCUCACAUUCAGAUAGAACUGUCUGUUACUCCCAUUUUGGGUUGACUUGAAGGUCAAGCUAUUUUCAAGUUCGUUUUCUGUAACUCAGAAGAACCGAAAGGACCUCUCAGCCUACUUCCUUCUCCUUUCCCAUUGAAUCCCAUGGGAGCUAUCACUUGAUACAUUCUAUGUUAUUAUUGAAAAUAGGCUAUAUCUCAGAAAACCACUUAAGGUUUUCAGCAUACUGGAUGGUUCUCAUACUGGAUGGGAUUAAAUACAUAGGCUUCAGGGGUACAUAACUCAUUCUCAGAGAUCUAUAAACCCAGAACCACUGAACUUUUAUCACUUGCCAGUCUAUGUUUCUAUCUCUGGAGGCUUUAACAUAAGUAGCAUAGAAUUUUCUUUCCAACUCAAGUCCAAACCUCUCUUUAUCUAAAACUUAUUUUAAGAUUAUGGGAAUGAUGUUAGCUAAAUAACAUUUGGCCAGACUAGAAUCAGGAAUCAUCAUCCUGUUACUUAGGAAAAAACUGAAGGCCAGGCAGUAGUGGUGCAUGUUUUUAAUCCCAGCACUCGGGAGGCAGAGGCAAGGGGAUCUCUGAGUUUGAGGCCAGCCUGGUCUACAGAGCGAGUACCAGGAUAAGGCUCCAAAGCAGUACAGAGAAACCCUGUCCCAAAAAACCAAACCAAAACAAAAAAAAACUAAAGACAUAAAAAAUUUAAAAAUAUCUUGUAUUACCAAGUGAAAUACCUAUAAUUACAGAGUUUUUUAUAAUAUAUCCUGGGGGGGGGGAUUAAAGACAUGAAGUACACAGUAUGUUAAGUUAUAAUACCCUAUAACUUCAAUUUGAAAGACAUAAAUAUGCGGUGGUUAAGCCUUAGGCCUGUCACACUCUGCAGUAGUAUCUUUAUGAGGAGUAGUGUCUUUGCAGUUACUGGGUGUGAGCUAAUGGUGUAAAACACCUGGGACAAUACUCUUCAACAUGGUAAGCAUAGGAGUAUGAGCUGGACAUACUCUUCCACUGGCUUAUGGGAUGACAGAUGGGCUCUGCAAACAAGUCUUACUAUUAUAACAAGAAAACAAUUUUAAUAUUGAGCUACAGCCCAUUAUAGAAACUGUACAAUAGCAGAACUUCAAAUAACACUAUAUACAAAAUUUAUAUAAAAAAUUUACAAUUUUCUUAUCUAUGUGUGAGUGAAGACCAGUAACUCUUAUAAAAAUAUUUUAUUGGAUUCUAGUAAGACAAUAUGCAUCUUCUGAAGAUGUGAUAGGAAGAGGUUCAUCUGAAAAAAAGAUCUCCCCAGGAAACUCAGUCUUGACUAAAAUGAGCCAUUAAAAGUGUUCAUGUCCAAAAAAAAAAAA